AUGCCAGCGCCCGAGACACCGCUGCUGGGCGAAGAGGGCGCGUCGCCGCCGCCGCGUCCGCCGUCGCGCAGCUGUAUGAGCGAAGGUAACCACCGCCAUGACAAGGGUUCCGCAGGUGAUUCCCAGCGCACAACCCUAUCAGACGGUCGGCCGGCCCCGCCGGAGCGAGUGCUUGAGCUGCAGAGCGAGGAUGCCGUCACACCAACGCGCAUCGCAUCCCGAGGUCACCAGAGCGGUGAGGCACUUGCCACUUUUGGCCACUCAGCGGCGGACAGGGAUGCCGACGGUGGUGCUAAGGCAACGCGCGCCAUCACUCAGGCCGGCCUCGACGGCGCCAUUCAAGCUGAGAUCACCGCUGCGGCGGGUGAGAAGGAAGAGGAGAGCGAAGACGAGGAUGAGAGCGGCCUCUUCCAGGAGACGGUGCUCUUCAUGAACAACAACUUCCACUCGCUCAGCAGCAUGCGUUGCACGCCGGCGAAGACCCCUCAGCAGCCGAGCCAGGAAACGGUCAUCAGUUCGGCCAUCCAGACGCCGCACAUGCCUCGCUCGCUGGAGGUGACACCUGUGAAAAAGCUACCGACAGGUCGCGAGAUGCCGGCGGAGGGCGACUCCGCUGGUCACCUGAACCAGGCGGAGGCGGGCACGGCUUCUUCUGACAGCAAAAGGUUCCCGACAGCAGACACGACGGCCUCGGCGUGCUGCACGGUUUGUGUGUCACCAGCCACAACAGUGAACACGCACGUGCCGGCGGCGUCUGUCUCUCCGCUCCUUACCUCACAGCAGUGCUGCUGCCCCAAUCCUCGCGCGUCCACCUUUGCAGCCGCCACCAACACCACAGCACCAACCACCCCAGCGGCAAGCGAGUACUUCUUCAUUGACAAUCACGAUGGCACUGCCUACCUCGCCGACGCCUCGCUGCAGCUGGACGGCAGCUACGUCCUCGGCCAAACCAUCUUGCUGGCUCGGAGCAGCGCCACGUCGGAGGCCUCACCGAUGUCUACGGCGCGCCGCAACGCCGCCGGGGCUGAGUCCCCGGUGGUGAAGAUGCAGUCUGAUGCAGACCUGCCGCAGCAGCGCGCCAAGGUCACGCACCGCCCACUUCGUGGCGCGCGUCUUACCGAGGUACUCUCGGCAUCUAUGGCAGCACCUUUCUCCCCAAACUCGCCGGUUCCGCACCCUAUCCAGAGCGGUGCUGCAUCUCCCGUGUCUCCAAGCAUCGCCCGCGUGCUGUGCCGCUCUGCCGCUCCGUCGCGCGACAACUCGAGUCGCCCGGUGGCGUCGGCGGCUGCAUGCCGUCUGCGUCCAAGCAACUUCGGCGAAAGCUUCUGCUUCGAUCAGACGCUGCUCGUGCCGCUCGAUGAGAGCGCCGACGCGGGCCGCUCCGCUGUCAUCGUGGAUGCUUCUUUGGUGGCCGAUCAGAGCUACCGCAGCAGCGCCCCGGCGCGUUGGGAGGCGUGCGCAUCGCCCACGAUGGUGACACCGGCGCUCUCAUCAGCCGCCGUGUCAUUCAGAACUUUCCAGGCAGGUGCAGAGGGUCGUGAGCGCGGUGUGCCACAACUCUCACCAUCCUGCCCGGCCGCCUCGUUUUCCUCCUCCUUUUCUGUUUCGCGUGCUUCUCCGGUGCCUGAUGCACCCAUCGCAGCGGAGCAGCUUGCCUCUCAGCAGGCCCGCGCGACUCGCGAGAAGCGAACUCUGCGCUCAGAUCAGGAUGUCAUCUAUCUGAUCUCUGCCGACGCCGUUACGGAGACGAUGACGCCGGAUGACAUCACAAGUCAGGGCUGGAUCCCAGUGCAGGCUGUGAACGCCCUACCCGCUGCCGCGGCUACCACCGCCACUGCCGCUGGCGACAAUGGCCGUUCCCACUCGUUCAUUGGUGGUGGUACCGAGUCGCCGCUUCCCAAGAAUCCUUCCACCACUACCGCUGCUGCGCGGGUGAACUCGCAGGGUGAUUGUGUCGACAAGUUUGAGCGUGAGCAGAGCCUCUCGCGUCGUUCGUACGACGGCCCCGGCGGUAGUGCCCUGCCGAUCUUCAGCCCUGCGUCCACGCUCUCUGCCUCAACGUUGGAGUGCAUCAAUCGUCGACUGAGCUACUCCAUAUCGAGGUGGACAAGCACCCGUCAGGCCUGUGACGCCGCCUCCCCGUCCGACGCUGACGGGGCUAGCGGCGUCAACCUUGCCGGGAGCAUUGCGCUACCACUCGCCACAUCGCUCUUCCUCGCUGGGCAUCCCCACGAGCAGCACCACAGCAAUGCCGGCGGCAGCAUCCAGCGAGAAGCAAGUUCGCUCUGCUGGGGCAACGAAAAGACCUUCAGCGGCAGCUUCAGCACUUUCGCGGCUGAGCCGACCAGCGACAGCCACUCCCCUGUGCCGGUGCCGCCUGAGUUGUCGGAGACGCCGCAGCGUGAACAGAGCCCAUCUCGUUGCACCGCUGUCUCCAUCCCCAUUGCCGCGUUACAACGUGGCCGCCCUGUCGGGGCAGCAGGCACAGACGAGGAUGACACCGGCGAUGCAGCCUACGUCGACUGGAGCUCUUUGAUGACGAGCAUGAGGUAUCAGCGCCCGUCCACUGUUGGGGCAGCAACGAGCGAGUCGCAUGCGAACGACGGCUCCCUGAGUAUCCCGCUGACAUCGUCGGCCAGCGCGAUUCUUGGGACGGGGGCGCUGCGGCCCGCCUCUGGGGGACGGUAUGCGGGGGGUGCAGCGACCGGCGUCGUCGCCUUGAAUCAUGUCACACAGCAGGCGCCGCAGCAUCGGCGUGCCCCGUACCCUCGCCGUAUGUCCGCCACAGGGGUCUCUUACGGCACCACUUCUUCCUCCGUCUCACUGCAGGCCUUUGGUGAGCACAGUCAGCGGAUGCCAACGGGGGCGGCGCUGUCCUUCUCGAACGCCGCUGGCGCCGCCGGCAACAGCAGCUUCCGCACGACCUACUGCUGCAACCGCACCAGCAUUACCAGCACUGAGACGGCCUCGCUCAACCCCGGCUUCGGUGGAGGCGACGGUCCCGGCUCGAGCAGCGUCAGCGCGGCGGGUCUGCCGCUCUCACGCGGUGCGCUGCCCCACCAUCAUCCGCACCACCAGCACCGCUACUCGCAGCAGCGUGCUGGUAUGGUCCGCAUACACAGCACCGGCAGUUUGCUGGCAGAGAGGUCCACGGCGGAGACUGCGGCGAUGAGUGUCAGCGGCGCUGCCCCCCGCUCGGGGGCGGUGAACCGCAACAGCGUUUUGCAUCGCAACCACUACGCCAGCCUACACCAGCAACAGUACCUUCGCUGGACAGAGGCCACGGCGCUAGUUGGGGCCGGGCCAGCAGCGGUCGGCGGUCGUCGUGCCUCUGCGACUGCAGGGUUCCUGGUACCAGACACUUCCGUGUUCCUGCCCUGGGCCCCGCUCACCAUCACACCGGAGGGCUCUGUCAACCUGGGCGGGAGUGACGAGACUGGCCGUCGCAGCGUCGCCGCUGCGACGGCUGGUGCGCCUGCGCCUUAUGUGCCGAUGACACUGAUGCCGUUCACCAGUUCCGCAGAAACGAGCACGACGACGACGACGAACAGCGCCACGUGCGACGCGGUGAGCACACGAGAGGUGGCGCAGCAGAUUGCCGACGACCUCACUCGCGGCGACACGGUGGUCUCCCUCGCAGCGCUGCGAACACUGAACACCGCCGUGGCGGCUGCGAUGGAGAUGACGAUGAACCAGCUUCAGGCAUCUCUGUGCGCUGCAUCGACGGAGACAGAGCCGGAGCCGGCGGCACCAGCGCUGCCCUCCUCUCCUUACGCAUGCAAGCAAGACGACGAGUCUCAAAAGGAGAAUCGGGCAGCGCAUUUCCGGACAAGCUGCAACCCCGUCGGAGCUGCUCUUGCCACUGGCAGUGCGCAGAGGUCGAGGUCCGUCAGCGCAACAAGACCGCUCGGGUGCUGGGAAGGCUCGGCGACGAACAUCGCCGCGCGACUGUCCAGCAAGGCACGCUCGCCCUCUAACCCGGCACCACCAGGGGGCGCUCCUCUUCUUGGUCAGCAGUUGCCGAAAUAG